GUGAAGACUUCAUUUCAUUUUGUCUCUUCCAAAAAUCAAUAAUUCCUCUUUUUCUCUCUUAAACCCUAAACCUCUGUAAAAAUCUCCCGUUUUUCUUCUUCUUCUCCUAAUGCUUCGAAUAACGCUAAAAUCACCCCUAAAAUCUCGAUUAAUCUCCGCUCUCCGUCACCAUAAACCCUCUUUCUCCACCGCCAACCUCGCCGUCGACCACCCUGAACCACCACCUCCAACUACCACAACCACCAGAGCUGCAGUUUCAAGAAUCUUCAACUUUUUUCUCCAAAAUCAUUGCACUAAAGGCUCCGGAAAGAUUUUAAGAGGUGACCCAUGUUUUAAAAUUUCAAUCUUGGAGCUAAAUUCAUCGGAAAUUGAAGACAUUGUUGAGAAACUGAGCUUUGAAAAUUCCGAAUCUGCCCUUGAGUUCUUCUUCUUAUUGAGAAAUGAUUAUGGGUUUAAUCAUUCCAGAGCUUCACACAUUGCUGUUGCUCAUGUUUUGGCUAAAAAACAGAGGUUUAGAGCUUUGAAGAUUCAUUUACAACAUUUGGUUCAACAAGAAGGCUUUGGUUCAGCUCAUUCGAUGUGCGAACUGCUUUUGAUUCAUUUUCAGAAAUGGGACUCUAAUCAUGUUGUCUGGGAUGUGCUGGUUUCUGCUUAUUCCCAUUGUCAGAUGGUUGAUGAUGCGCUCUUUGUUUUUGCAAAGAUGAAAGAUUUCGAUAUCCAGGCUUCUGUAUUUACAUACAAUAAUUUGUUGUAUAAUUUGAGGCAUACUGAUUACAUCUGGGAUGUUUACUAUGACAUGAAAGACAGUGGGAUAAACCCGAGUGAGCAUACUAAUUCCAUUCUUAUAGAUGGUCUGUGCAAACAAUUCUUGAUUCAAAAAGCUGUUAAUUUUGUUCGAGGGACUGAAUGUAGAGAGUCUGAGCCUUGUGUUGUGUCUUUCAAUGCUCUUAUGUCGAGUUUCUGUAAAAUGGGUUCUGUAGAUGUUGCUAAGUCAUUCUUUUGUAUGAUGUUUAAGUGUGGAUUUUAUCCCAAUAUAUAUAGUUACAAUAUUCUCAUUCACGGAUUAAGUGUGGCGGGUGCAAUGGAAGAAGCAUUGGAGUUCAUAGAUAAUAUGAAGAAACAUGGUUUAGAGCCUGAUCUGGAAACUUAUAACGUCCUCGCCAAAGGAUUUCAUCUGCUUGGUAUGAUGAAUGGUAUCCGGAAGUUCAUUAAUAAAAUGCUUCAUAAAGGCAUGAAUCCUGAUAUUUUCACAUAUACAAUGUUGAACUGUGGAUAUUGCAAAGAAGGUAAUAUUGAUGAGAAGAGUAUUAAGUUGAGAAAGGAGAUGUUUUCGAAGGAGGGGGUCCAUGCCAGUGCUAUCUCAGACAACAUGUUACUAAGCAGUUUGUGUAAAAGCGGACGUCUAGAUGAAGCUAUGAAUUUGUUCCAUGAGAUAGAGAGCAACGGUCGUAAACUGGAUCAUAUCAUGUACUCUAUUCUCAUUCAAGGCCUUUGUAAGCAAGGAUUGGUUGAUAUGGCUUUUCAAUUGUACAAAGAUAUGUGUUGUAAGAGAAUUAUUCCAAAUAUUGUUGCUCAUAGAUCUAUUCUCAAAAGCUUCUGUGAGAAAAGGUACAUAUAUGAGGCAAGAGUUUUGUUUGACGCUUUAAUAUAUUGCGACUUAAUAGAUGACAUUUUCUUGGUUAAUAUUAUGAUUGACGGAUAUGCAAAACUUGGUGACAUCGGUGAGGCUGUUCAGGUAUACAAACUAAUAACAGGGAAAGGAAUAACCCCAAGCAUAGCUACUUUCAAUUCCUUGAUAUAUGGGUUCUGCAAAGCCAGAAAGUUAGACGAUGCAAGAAAGUGGGUUGACACUAUAUGUGCACAUGGGUUGAUACCAUCAGCGAGGACGUUCACAACUCUUAUGAAUGCGUAUGGUGAAGAAGGGAAAAUGCAAACUGUUUUUGAAUUGCUAGAUGAAAUGAAAGCAAGGGGCAUAGAACCAACUCAUGUCACUUACACAGUGAUAAUGAAAUGCCUCUGUAAAAGAAGGCAAAUGCAUGAGUCUAUUGAGAUACUAAAGAGUAUGUUACCGGAUGAUUUUCAGCGUGAUGAAGUUUUCUACAACACCAUUAUUAAAAGUUUAUGUGAAGCUCGCGAUGUAGAAGGCGCUUGCAAAUUAUAUAAAGAGAUGGCGGUGCACAAACUUCAGCCAAGUCGUGUCACGUACAACAUUCUUCUUAAUGGUUAUUGUACACAUGGAGAGCUAAAAGAUGCUGAGGAACUAUUUUCUGAACUCCAAGAUGUUGGCCUGAUGAAAUGUGAUUACACCAUUCUAAUAAAAGCAUAUUGUGCAAAAGGAUCAGUGCAUAAGGCAGUAGUUCUGUUCCAAAAGAUGAUUGAGAAGGGCUUUGAAAUCACUAUUAGAGAUUAUAGUGCUGUGAUUAAUAGGUUGUGCAAAAGAAACUUACUAGCUGGCGUAGAUAUUUUUCUGCGUAUGAUGUUGUUUCAUGGCAUUUCUGUUGAUUCACAGAUUUGUUUUCUUAUGCUUAACAGUUUCCGUGAUCACAAUUCUGUGUUCCAGUUGGCCUCUUUGAUGAUUAAGUGUGGCUUAGAUACUGACUCAAAUUGUGGUUGACUGUAAGAGACACCGAUUCAGGAUGAUUAUUGAGCUCUGCUUGCAAUAUGUGAGCUUCUUGGUUCAUGUGUGGUCAAGUGUACGUGACACCAAUUCAGGAUGAUUAUUGUGCUCUGGUGCAAUAUGUGAGCUUCUUGCUUCAUGUGUGGUCAAGUGUACGAGACACCAAUUCAGGAUGAUUAUUGUGCUCUGGUGCAAUAUGUGAGCUUCUUGCUUCAUGUGUGGUCAAGUGUACGAGACACCAAUUCAGGAUGAUUAUUGUGCUCUGGUGCAAUAUGUGAGCUUCUUGGUUCAUGUGUGGUUAAGUGCAGGAGACACCAGUUCAGGAUGAUUAUUGUGCUCUGGUGCAAUAUGUGAGCUUCUCGGUUCAUGUGUGGUUAAGUGCACGAGACACCAAUUCAGGAUGAUUAUUGUGCUCUGCUGCAAUAUAUGAACUUCUUGGUUCAUGUGUGGUUAAGUGUACGAGACACCAAUUCAGGAUGAUUAUUGUGCUCUGGUGCAAUAUGUGAGCUUCUUGGUUCUUGUGAUGUUAUGAGAGAAGUUCCUAGAAGUUGUAACUUGAUUUUAUAAGUUAUAUAGACUUGAUAGAUGAGGUCUUAGGGAUUAUGUCCUUCGACGGAACACAUUUUGUGGAGAAAAGACAAAUGACUUCGGCAUCUGAAAGAAAAGUUAACAGGUACCAAAUGUUCUUCUGUGUUUUUCUUUUGUUCCUUUCUGGUUUUUGGUUAUGGUAUCAUAUUCCUUAUAUUGGGUUAGUAUAAUCAGUUCUUUGUUCCAGUUUUGACUUGCUAGAAUUGCUGGUAUUGUCUGAAGUUCAUUCCAAACUAGUGAAUUUUGCAUCUGUUCCUCCAUUAAGUCUAUCUUGGAGAUGAUUAAUGGCAUGAUUUGUAGCUCUUGCUUAUAGACUGCUCCAUAUUACCUUCUUUUUAGCAAAUAUGCAUAUUUACUUUGCAACUGAUAUAAGCUAUAAAAAAGAAGAGACAUAUAAACAAGUCCACUAUAAAUGUAGUAAUGUACUGAGUGUAGUGUCAAUCUAUGUUGCUGAUAGGUGCUUGUCGGAUCCUCCAAAAAUAGUGUAUUUUUGAAGGAUCCAACAUGGGUGAGGCAACAUUUUUGGAGAGUCCGAGGAACUUGGGUGUCAAUCAGCCUAUCUGAUGCCUGUUAUGCUUGCUUGAUAGAAUCAUUUAUGCUUAACAGUAGCCUUAAUUUGUUGCUGAAAGUGAAUUAAUAAAACUUUUUGAGUGGCAGACUGCAGCACUAUGUCCAUAUUUAUUACUUAUUAUCUAACAUGAACUAUCACAUUUCAUUUCUAUAGCAAAUUAUAUCAGCCAACUUCCUAAAAAGGAAAACAAAAAUAUAAUAUGUUUGUUAAUUAAAGUAAGCCUUAAAAUGGACACCAAACUAAAAAAUUGCAUGCUCAGACAGUAAAAGAAAAAAGGAGGUUGCGUAAAGUAUUCCCUUGGUAAAGAAGAGUAUUAACUUGUUUUCAACGAGUUUUUUGCAAUUUGCCCCCCUAAUCAAGGAAACAUUUCAUCUUUAGCCUCCCAACAAAAUUUUCUAUAUAUCCAGAACUCAAACCCAAAACCUUUAACUACAUUUCCUUCAAUUUAAGGCAAUUCAUCCUUCAAGAUUUUAGCUACUUUUUUCGAGGCUUGUUGGUUCAACUCGAGACAAAUCACCAAUUUUUCUUCUUCUUUGGUGAAGAAAUAAUAGGUGGUUUUCUGCCUGUUAAAAGCAUGCACGACAUCAAAUUCAUUUACCUCUCGCUUAAACGUCUCCCAAAAGACUUCACCCAGCGCUAAGGAUAUAUCAUCCCUCACGUCCUGCUCUGUUGAGGUUGAGCCAUCCAAGUUGUUCCUGAAAAGAAAAUAAAGAAAGAGUGUGAGUUUGAAUUUAUUAUUGGCAACUAUGAGCAAGCUAAAUGGUAAUUAGCUUAUUUACUUGAGUGUCUGCCGGUUGAUGCCAUGACAGUCACCCAUAAUGCUGUAUAUGUAGUCAGUCUUAUCAAAACUUGAACAGUACUUAUAAAAGCGUAAAUCGCCCAAAUUUUCGUCCAACAGCUUCAUUGAUUCGUUGUAGACUCGUUGAAUUUUUUUCAUUUGUGUGAUUUCAGUCAUGUUUCUGCGACAGAACAGAACAAACAAUAAACUCAAUUAGAUGAAUAAUUAAUUAUGAAACACUAUAUAUAUUGAGGCUAUGAUAACUAUGGAACUAUAUAUGCUUGGGUGGAAAAUCAUUACAUGAAUUCAUCAACCGGACAUGUAGUUAGAAAAGGAAGAUUCUUUAUGAAUACUUAUGAAGUGGUCGUGGAGAUACACUCAAGAGGAGCAUAGCCUUUGCAAGGAUGUGAUUAUUGGUAUACAUGGAGCACUAAACCACUGGUGUUCUAAUGUUUCAACAGCGCCAUAUGGAGUUGGUGUCUGGAGAAGUAUACGCAAAUUAUGGGAGGUGUUCUCUCAACACACACACUUAAUUGCAGGGGAUGGACAACAUAUCAGUUUCUGGAGAGAGAAAUGGAUAGGCAAUUCCUCCUUAAUGGUUGCUUAUCCUAACGUGUUCCAGAUAGCAAGGGAGCCUAACUCUACUAUUCAGCAAUACAGAGAAGGGAAUUCUUGGAAAAUCAUCCUCAGAAGGAACAUACAGGACGGGGAAAUGGAGGAGUUGGUCAGCCUACUAGCAGCACUUCACAGUGUUGCAAUUAACAGUGGAACACCAGAGCAACUCAACUCAACUGGGGAGAAAAAGGGGUGGGAAGUUCUCAGUUAAAGCAGCUUUCAAGCUUCUAGGCCCACAAAAUGCAAUAACAGAGAAGGAAGUUUCAGAUAGCUACCAGAUGUUAUAUGUGCAUGAAGGAACUAGAUACACACAACCACCUAUUUCUACAAUGUGAAAUAGCAGCAAACUUGUGGAGUAUGUUUUGAGCUCUUUUUGGCCUCAAAUGGGUCAUGUCUCAUAAUAUCAGGGAUGUUGUGAUAAAGCUGGGGUUGAUGGAAAGUUGAUAGCACCAUCAAGAGAAUCUGGAAGAUGAUACCUGCAGCCAUUUUCUGGAGUAUCUGGAAAGAAAGGAAUAGAAGAUGUUUUGAUGGAAUAUCAACUACCUACCAAUCUUUAAAAGCUAUCUGCCUCAUGUUUUUGUAUAGUUGGGUUUAUUUAUCCCCUCUAGAUUGCCCUGAUUCAUUUCUGAACCAUGUCAGCUACUAAGCUUUUGUAACUAUUAAUGAUGCUUGCAAUAGAACUAAUUACUUCAUCAAAAAGAAAAAAGAUUCUUUAUGAAUCUGUACAUGCUUACUUCAUCGAAUGAUGUACUGUUUCUUCGUUUAAUGGGGAACAAGAUUAGGGUGCUAAUCAGGAUCAAGAUGGAGAGACAACUGCUCAAGAUGGAGGCGCCAGCUACUGCUCAAGGUGGAGGCGCCAGCUACUGCUCAAGAUGGAGAGACAACUGCUCAAGCUGGAGGCGCUAGCUACUGCUCAAGAUGGAGAGACAACUGCUCAAGCUGGAGGCGCUAGCUACUGCUCAAGAUGGAGAGACAACUGCUCAAGAUGGAGGCGCUAGCUACUGCUCAAGAUGGAGAUGCAACUGCUCAAGAUGGAGAUACUGAUGAGGAAAAUGCAGAUCAAGAUGGAGACGUGAAUGAGGAAAAUAUUGAUCAAGAUGGAGCUACGCUAUAUAUUGAACAAUAUCUAGGCCUUGUACUGAUUACAUGCAUCCACUGUUUAACACAGAUUCCAUUCAGAUAUUUCUGCAAAAACACACAUUCAACACAGAUUCCAUGAAGCUUGAAGAUAUCUCUUAAGAGAAAAUGAGAGGAGCGGUUGAGUAGUAAAUGAAUUGAAUUUGUUA